AUGGAUUCCAGCGGCGAUGGCGCCCACGUUGCCGAUCGAGGACCCCAAUUGAUCACCGUUCUGUGGGUCAUGACCGGGCUCUCGACUCUGACUGUCGCGUUGAGAUUCGCGAGUCGCAGUAUGCGCCGAAGCGUUGGGUGGGAUGACUUUAUGAUGUUGUUUUCCCUGCUCUGUUUCUAUGGGUGGUCGAUAUCGCUCACCAUUCUCGCGGUCGAUGGAGGUCAACGCCACAUGAAAGACUUGAAGCCCCUGGGCGAGGAUGUGGUGACUCGCGUCUCUCUGAUAUAUUGGACGGGGCAGGUCUUUGGAAUCCUGGGCUUGGGUGCCGGCAAGAUCUCCAUUGCAGCCCUUCUGCUGGGCAUCCUGGGGAACACGCGCUGGUUCUGGCACAAGACGUACCUGUGGACGUUUUGCAUUAUCCUCGUCAUCCUGACGAGCAUCGCCUGCGCCAUCCUGACCAUGACCCAAUGUCAUCCCGCCGCCGCGUUGUGGGACUCGAGAAUCACAGGCGAAUGUAUCGACCCGAAGAUCAUGGCCGAUUAUGCCAUCUUCACAGGAUCGUACAACACAUUCGUCGAUGCCAGCCUCUCGCUGGUGCCGUCGUCCAUCUUCUUCCGGCUGCAAAUGACCCGGCAGGAGAAGGUGCAAUUAUCCAUGGUCUUUGCCCUGAACAUCCUGUGA